UGAAUAACAUACAUCUUUUUCUUUUUUCUUUCCUCUUUCAAAAAGGAAUAAUGUCUUCUAAAAUUUCAAAUUUUCCUACUUCAGUUAUGAAAACCAAUGACAUUCCUGACACUAAGCGUUCUACUGCAAAUUUUCAUCCUAACAUUUGGACUGAUCAUUUCCUUUCAUUUACCUCUGAUGAUGCAUUGAAAUUAGACGAUGGAAUGAAAGAACAAGUUAAAAAGUUGAAAGAAGAAAUACGGAUGAUGGUGGUUGUUUAUGUGGAAAACCCAUUGGAGAAGUUGAAGUUGGUUGAUUCGAUCCAACGAUUAGGUGUAUCUUAUCAUUUCGAGAAUGAGAUUGACCAAAUCUUAGAACAUUUAUAUGUGUCUUAUUCCACUUUAUUGAAUAAAGAUGGUGAUGAAGAUCUCCAUACUAUUGCUCUUCUAUUUCGACUUCUCAGGCAACAAGGUUAUAGAAUUUCAUGUGAUAUAUUCUCAAAAUUCAUGGACAACAGUGGAAAAUUUAAAGAAUCAUUGGGCAAUGAUGAAAGAGGAAUUUUGAGCCUAUAUGAAGCAUCACAUAUGAGGGGACAUGGGGAAGCUGUGCUUGAGGAAGCUCUUGAAUUUACUACCACACAUCUUAAAACAUAUAUUGAAUACUCAAAUAAUCCUCAUUUUGCAUCUGAGGUUAGCAAUGCCUUGAAAUUGCCUAUUAGAAAAAGUAUUACAAGAAUGAAGGCAAGAGAGUAUUUGGGAAUAUACCAACAAGAUCCUUCCCAUAAUGACACUUUGCUUACAUUCUCAAAACUAGACUUCAACAUAUUACAAAAUCUUCACCAAAAGGAGCUAAUUGAAAUCUUGAGGUGGUGGAAAGAAUUGAACGUCCCAACUAACUUUCCAUUUGUGAGAGAUAGAAUUGUGGAGGAUUACUUUUGGACAUUGGGUGUAUAUUUCGAACCUCAUUUUAAUGUGGGAAGGAAAAUAUUCACUAAAGUAAUCGCCAUGAUCUCAAUUAUGGAUGAUAUUUAUGAUGCUUAUGGAACAUUUGAAGAACUCCAAGUCUUCACUUUAGCAAUCAACAGAUGGGACAUAAGCAUGAUUAAUCUACUCCCGAAGUAUAUGAAAGUUUAUUAUACAACUAUGCUCGAUCUUUUCGAAGAGAUUGAGAAAGAGAUGACGAAGGAUGGAACAUCGUAUCGUGCUAACUUUGCAAAGGAAGCGAUGAAAAGGCAAGCUGAAUCCUAUUACAAAGAAGCUGAAUGGCUGAACAAAAAGUAUAAACCAAAAUUUGAAGAAUACAUGGAAGUGGCUCUAGUUAGCUCAGGUUAUGGACUACUUACAACUAUUUCAUUUGCUUGCAUGGGUGACAUUGCAACUAAAGAGGUAUUUGAUUGGCUUUCUGAGUGCCCCAAAAUUCUUGAAGCCUCAACCAUCAUUUCUAGACUCACAAACGAUGUUGUCUCCUAUAAGUUUGAGAAACAAAGAGAACAUGUCGUCUCUGCCACUGAAUGUUACAUGUACAAUUAUGGUUGCUCAGAAGAAGAAACCUGUGCUGAAUUUCGAAAGCGAGUAGAAGAUGCAUGGAAGAAUAUAAAUGAAUGUUGCCUUCAUCCUGCCACUGUUCCAAUGCCAUUUUUAUUGUGUGUAUUAAAUCUCACCAGAGUUAUUGCCUUUCUUUAUUCUGACGAGGAUGGAUACACAAAUUCUAAGGGUAACACAAAAUUGGUUAUCCAGUCUCUUCUUGUUGAACCAGAGCGUUUUUAACUACUUAAUGAGCCAACGUUUGUGAAAUCCAAUAUUUAUGGGUUAAUUGUGUGCUUAUAACUUGUAAUAUAUAGAAUGUGAAGGGUCCAUAACGAUAUUAUGUUUUUUUUUUUUUUAUUGAAUUUAUCUUC